AGGAGAAACAGCCAAUACGUCAACUACUGGACGCCGUGUUCAAUCUGCAACCUCGAAUUGUGCUACGCAGAGCAGCAGGUCCUGGCCGCUGCCAAUACCGCCAGAAGCACCAAAACCUGGUUUGAUGCCCAUGCCAUCACAAUGCUUGACUGGCCACCCAACUCUCUGGAUCUAAACCCCAUUGAGAAUCAAUAGGGUAUUAUCAUUGAGGGGCACCAGACCCAAAAACAAAGAAGAACUGACAGCAAGCAUCAAAGAAGUCUGCGCUUCCAUAACUCCCAGGCAAUGCCACAGGCGGAUUGCCUCAAUGCCACGGCGCAUCCAGGCAAAAGGAAUCCCAACCAGGUAUUGAAGAUUAACAUAUCGUUUUGAAAGGACCAUAUUUUGAUUUUUCUUCUUCUUCAAAAACACAAGUAAAUGGUGAUUACUUAUCAGUAUUCUAAUUUUCUGAAUUCCUGAUUUCUUGGGUUUUAUGAGCUGGAAAGCCCUCAUUCUGUAAAAAUAAAUACAUGAAUACUUGAAAUUGUUUAAAUUGUGGGCCCUGAAUCUAUAAUCUAUGAAAGUCCUGAGUGCGCGCAGGAACCGCCGACGAGGCAGCACAGCAGUGGGGUUCGUCGGCCGUGCAGGCGUCUGUUUUGAUAUAGACAUCACUGAAGAUCUUCGUACUGAGAGGCAGGAGCCAUUGCCCCCUCACAUUAAAGAGGAAGUGGAGGACGAAGAGGUCCACCACAUCAAAGAGGAAGAUGAGAAGGAUAUCACCAAGUUUCCAUCGACUGGUGUCCCUUUAAAGAGUGAAGCUGUAGGUCAAAGUGAGGAGAGCAGAAGGGCGGAGCAGAUGACAACAGAAGGUGUUGGCGACCACUGUGGAGGAUCACAAGCAGACGGACUCUUAGCUCCACUAUCAGAUGGGAACGACAUGACGUCACACUCUACUCAGAGUGAUGAUGAUGAUGAUGAUGAUGAUGAUGAUAAACUGUCUAAUGGCGACAUGACAUAUCACACUGACAACAAACGAUGCAAAUGUUCUGAGUGUGGGAAAGCAUUUGCUAAUAAGAGCAUUUUGAAACAACACAUGAGAACACACACUGGAGAAAAGCCUUUUUCCUGCUCAGUUUGUGGUCAAAGAUUCUCUGUGAAGGGAAACUUAAAAAACCACACAAGAACACACACAGGUGAGAAACCUUUUGUCUGCUUAGGUUGUGGCCAAAGGUUCUCGAAGAAGGAACACUUAAAAAGACACACAAGAAUGCACACUGGUGAGAAACCUUUUUCCUGCUCAGUUUGUGGUCAAAGAUUCACUCAGAAGACAGAUUUAAAAAAACACACAAGAAUCCACACUGGAGAGAAACCUUUUUCCUGCUCAGUUUGUGGUCAAAGAUUCACUCAAAAGGCAAACUUAAAAAAACACAAAAGAACACACACUGGUGAGAAACCUUUUUCCUGCACAGUUUGUGGUCAAAGAUUCACUCAGAAGGCAGUUUUAAAAAACCACACAAGAACACACACUGGUGAGAAACCUUUUGCAUGCUCAGUUUGUGGUCAACGAUUCUCUGUGAAGGGAAACUUAAAAAGUCACACAAGAACCCACACAGGUGAGAAACCUUUUUCCUGCUCAGUUUGUGGUCAAAGAUUCUCUGAAAAUGGAAACUUAAAAAAGCACACAAGAACCCACACUGGUGAGAAACCUUUUUCCUGCUCAGUUUGUGGUCAAAAAUUCCCCGUGAAGGAAAACUUAAAAUUACACACAAGAACCCACACUGGUGAGAAACCAUUUUCCUGCUCAGUUUGUGAUAAAAAAUUCUCCGUGAAGGAAAGCUUAAAGUUACACACAAGAAUCCACACUGGUGAGAAACCUUUUUCUUGCUCAGUUUGUGGUAAAACAUUCUGUGUGAAGGAAAGCUUAAAAUUACAUACAAGAACACACACUGGUGAGAAACCAUUUUCCUGCUCAGUUUGUGGUCAAAGAUUCUCUUUUAAGUAUCUAGCUAAGACACACAAGUGUGCUGGUGAGAAUAGCAGUGAUCAAGAUGUUUUUUUAUGAAAUGUAAAUGUUUAAUCUAAAAAGUAAUUAAUGAUUUACAAAAAUAUACAUUCUGGUAUUGUGUGUACUGGCUUUUAUUGUAUGUAUCUAUCUAUCUAUCUAUCUAUCUUCUUCUUGUCCAUAUAUUUGUGUUAAGAAUUAGCACUGGUGCCAAAAUGCUUUAAAGGGACUAGUUAAAGGUGGGAACAUGGGUACUUACUCCAUAGUGCUGGACUCAAAAAUGUCUCAAGAAAAAAAUGUCCUCCAAAAUACACUGUCGUCAUUUUAGAAUCAUUUACUGAUGAAAUAUUUGAUUUUCAGCCAGAUGUUGGACCGACCAUAUUUUGGACAUUAGCCUGUCACAGCCCGAUACAUCACGAGCAGCAGCCGAUUACCUUUUCUCAUUGAACUUCUAUGUUAUGUUUUCUAUGUUUUCCCAUAACGAGGCCGAACCCGUUAAUGUCCUGAAACUGCAGCUGAUCUGAUUUGAUCUUUUCUUAUCCCUAAAUUCUAAAAUAUUGGGCUGAUCGUUGUAAUAUUUUAAGAGGUUGAAGCUGCCAUGAGUCUAGAUGUCCGCAUAAAUUUUGGUGAUGAUUGUUGACAGUCUUGGGACAUUAAGCCAUGUUUCUUGGUUUCAUGCAUGAGGCUUGCAAGGAUGUGGCACUUGGCCGCCAUGUUUAUAUAAUUUUCAUUAAUAAUUUGCAAUUUAUCAGCACAUUAAAUUAGUGAUUGAACAUAAUUUUGGUGUACUAGCUGUUUUUCAUGUGAUGAUGAUGUCAAUGAUAAAUGACAGCAAUUGUAAGCCAUAAUACCAAUUUGAACAAAGCAGUGUUUGGAAACUCAAGCAAGCUUUAUUUUAUUUUUUAUUUUCUGAAAAGUUAUCAUUUUGAAGGUGAGGGGAUUCCACCUGACAGCUAGGAUAUAUAAAAUAUGACUAAUUACUGCCACUUUAUAGAAUAGUACAUAUUCCUUCCCCCACACCAGCUAUGCUAGUGCUUUUCAAUUUUCGAUUUUGGCGAUGAAAAAGGGGCGUUUGAAAGGGAAUUAGUUAUUUCCCAAUUGCUACAAAAUGUGUUGAUAUUAUUGGAGAUGACUGCCAGUUUAAUUUUCUUCAGCAAAAAAUGCAUAAAACGAACUUGUUUGUGAAAUAUGGACCUUGAAGCAUGUAUGCAUUUUGUCAUUGCAAUGUUUUAGUGAUGUCAAUAUCAAAGAAGUGAAUGAUUGAUUGAAAUCAUUUGGUGGUGAACUGUAAAUUGUAUGUGUUCUUGAAUAAAAUGCACUUCUUCUAACAGUGA